CUUGGCCAAUCGGAGCCAGUUCAAUUCUGGAGGAGGAAGGAGAAUGAUGUCCUUUUAAUUGUUUGAUCGAAAUGACAGAUGAAUCAAUUUUAAAAUCUCGAGAUAUGUCAUCGUUUUAGUCACCGCGAGCUCUUUCUCGAUUAUGCGAAUGCAAAGCGAAAUCUGUUUUGAGAAGACAGCCUUUUAUGUACAUUGAAAAGUUUAGCGAUACAUAGACAGAGAAGAUAUAUUAAUCAUGGAGCGAGGAAAAACUGGUAUUGGUAGAGCAGUAAAAAGUAAAAUUGCCCAACAUCCUUCUGAUCUCUUUGCUCUGGGAUCAAAGAGUUCGCGAAAUGAAAAUUCUGACUCUAAAAGCAGACCAGGUGUUAUUCAUUCAAAACCAAGUGGCAGUUCUACAAAUUCUGGUAAUGAUCGGAAGAAAGAAGCACCUUCUGGCUCACUUCAGUCAUUCUCCUAUGUUCCGCAGAAGAAACCCAAAUUGGCUCACGUUGGUUCCCAUCAACGACAACCUUCUUCUAGCGCAGAAGCAUGGGAAGUUUUAGCUAUAGAUACUGAUCCUGCAGAUUUUGUGCCUAUGGCACUCGAAGCUAACGACAAUGAUGAAGCUGACAAGGUUAUUGGAAUAAUAUGUGGCGCUGUCAAGACACUGAAGAAUCAAAAAUGGAAGCCCGAUACAUUAAUUUACAUGGGCUUAUUAUACCUAGCAAAAAUCCGCCCAUCCAUUUUCUCAAAUGAUUGUAUAUUACAUGCAUUAUCAUCUCUUUUAAAGAGAGAUCAGACUUAUAACUUCAAGAGUAAAGGAAAUCCACUAGUUCCUGUACUUGCGGCAAAUCUUUUAAUGAGAGGAUUUCACGAGAAAAAGAACUGGCCAGAAGUAUUUGUGAAGUUGUAUAUUGAAGACGCUCUGGGUGAGCGCGUAUGGGUCGACCAUGAGGAAUGCAAGGGUUUUGUCGAUAAUAUACUGACUGGUUUUAACACGAGGCAUCCACCUAAGUCUGUGUUACAGCCAGAAUUCCCUGUACUGAUGCAGCGGGAUUGUCACAGCCCAUCUACAGUGGAUGAUGAAGAUCCAGCAGCAUCAAUGAUGUCAUUGUCCGGGGACAAGGAGAAGAUAGAAUUUCCGGUGGGCCCACGAUAUGCGCAUUGCGUGGAGAACAUAGAAUCUAUAGUGUUGGAAGCUGUAAAGGAACAAUUGAACAGACGCCAGGCUGAGACCAUAACGAGAAAUUUCUUGAAGCUGCUCUCCUCGGCAUGCGGUUUUGUUGAGAUCAGAAACAUCGCCGUUCCCAGGCUAGAAGUGUGGCUGCAUAAUCCUAAGUUAAUGAGACCAGCGCAGGAGCUACUUAUUUAUAUUUGUUAUAAUUGUACGUCUCACACUCAAAGAGACGUCGAAGUCAUAAGUCAACUGGUGAAGAUGAGAUUGAAAACGAAAGCUGUAAUUAAUCUGUAUUUGAAUGGCGUAAAGGAACUUAUCGGAUUACACCCAGAGAAUCUGGCUACUAUGCUGAAGCACACGAUUUACAACGAAUUGUCGAACGCGCGCAAUCCAAACAACAUGCCCAUGCUGGCUAUAAUGUUCCAGACUCUGCCCGAGCAGGCAGCGAAACUGCUCGCGGAGAUCUUUCAGGAUCUGCUGAUGAACCGCGAAGAUUACUUGAGACCAUUACGCGCGCUACUUAGGGAAAUCGUGCGUGUAUGUCGACAUGACAUCAAUCUGAUCGCAUUUGCUCGAACGUUGAUGGCCGAAAGACCGGACAUAGCUCAACAAUUGUUGAAUUUUGAAUUUAAAGAUCGCAUGUUCAUCUCUGUAGCGGAUCUGCUUUGCCUAUGCAUGCUCCUGGCUAUAAGUCCCCAGGUGAAGGAAGCGGCGACGCUGUCGCAGAGGGCAGAUAAGAAAGACGUAGCUCUGCUGCAUCAAUUUCAAAAUCUUGUAGCCAUGAUACAGUACGAGUCUGUACUGUGGCUGCAAAAUUUGGCGCAGCAAAUGUACGCAAUAGGACGAAACGAGCUGUUGCACGCAAUGCACAAGAUCUUACUCCUGGAGUCUCCUGAGCAAUACUAUAAACUGGACAAUUGGCCACCGGAGUCGGACAGAGUAUUCUAUAUACGAUUAGUAUCCGAUGUUCCUUUGUUGCAAAGUACAUUAUUAAGGCUGCUAGUUCUCGGUUUUUCAAAGGAUAAUGGCAUUACUCAUUCGGAGACGUUGGAUUUGACUGAUCAAUUAAUACGACGAGCUGCGGCUAAUUCAACAGAAAAUUUUCCAAUGUUACAAGCCGAAAAAAUGGACAUAAUCGAACUUAUUUUUAAUCUGUGCAUUUAUCAACCACCAGGGACAAUAAAUAUACCUGCAGGAUAUGUACCACCGACAUUGGCGAUAGCUAAUCUCUACUGGAAAGGAUGGAUAAUGUUAUUAAUUUUGGUUGCUCAUAAUCCAUCCACAAUUGGUGCACUAGCAUGGAAACGAUAUCCUAUAUUAAGAACAUUGAUGGAAAUGUGUAUCACAAAUCACUUUUCGUAUCCGCCACCGACUAUGGCCUUGCCGGAGAUCAUGGAGCAAGAGCGGGCAAAGGAACUGCAAGUUGAAGCCAUCGAGAAACAAGAGAUACUGGAGUACGAGUCACAUUUGGCCGCGGCAUCGAGUAGAAUCCAGUUAUCCGAACAGAAUAGUUUUCUGCUGUCGCAACUGAUCACCAUGGAACCAACGGGAAUCGCUAGAAGACCGCCACCGGCCGUUCUCGAGCAAUUACAAUCGUUGAAUACGUCACACAGAUUGGGUCACCUGCUCUGUCGAUCGCGUAAACCGGAUUUCCUGCUGGAUAUCAUUCAGAGGCAACAGCAGAGCACAUCGCAGAGCAUGCCAUGGUUAGCGGACCUGGUGCAAAACAGCGAGGGUUCUCUGAGUCAAUUGCCAGUGCAAUGCCUCUGCGAAUACCUGUUGUCAACCAGCUCGCAAACGGUUGAGAAACAGCCAAGACAACAGCAGUUGCUAGCACAUCUUCAGGCACUACUAACCGACCCAAAUCAGGAUCAGCAGCACGCUUAUGAAGUCUUGGAAUAUUUUUUGAGAAGGCUGAGCAGUCAGCAGAGCAGCAGCCGCGUCCAAGCGAUCACCGGAUUAAAGAUGGUUCUAGAUUCGAUACCCCUCGAGGACGAGAGCAUGGAUAUAGAGGGGGAAAACGAAAAGGAAAUGUGGCUUCUACGAAAACUACCAUCUAUACCUCACUUUCUGUCUGUACGUUCGCUGGUUUCCACGGCGUUACGUGGCGCUUGUCAAGUCGAAAACAGUCCCGAGCUGGUGCACACGUAUAUAUCUUAUCUGGCCGCGCAUACCAUCGACGACGAUUUGCCCGAUUUGACCGACUUGGCGAAUGAAAUCUCCCAGUUGGUCGUCGAGCGUAGCACCAUCAUCGCGGCAAUACUUCCCCAGCCCGAAAGUGACAAUCGUCAGGCGAAACAAACGUUGCACGCCUUUAUGGCCAUCUUCUGCAACUACCUUGAAAAAGCGCGAUCGCCUAGAGGAGAGGGUUACCAGUGGUCCGAGAGUCAGGAUCAAAUUCUAGUGCAAUGGAGUAACGGCGAGGAGUGCACCAUGCAUAUUCUAGUGGUGCACGCCAUGAUCAUACUACUGACAUAUGAUACGUCCGAGGACGAUCCGUUGUUCAGCAACUUGUUAGAGACCUGGUUUCCGCUGACGGAGCCUCCAAAGGCCUUUCUCGUGGAUACUAGCGAGGAAGCGUUGCUCAUACCGGAUUGGCUCAAGUUACGAAUGAUCAGGAGCAACGUGCCGCGCCUAGUCGAUGCAGCGCUGAAAGAUCUCGAGCCUCAACAACUUGUACUUUUUAUUCAAAGCUUCGGAAUACCCGUGUGUUCCAUGAGCAAACUUCUUCAUACGCUUGAUGCUGGUGUUCAGAUCGAUCCCAGCUCGGUCGGGGAAGCGGUAUUAGAUAAAACUUAUAUGGCACAGUUGGUCGAGGUCCAACAUCGAAGGGGCGCCACGGGUGGGCUGGUGUUUGUCCAGGUAUUACAGCUGCUAGAGCCGCAACUGCCGGACGAGGGCAUCGUGUCUCUUAAUAAGCUGCAACAGCCAUUGCCGGCUAGCGCGAUGGUGCAGAAGCAAUCCGUUAUACAGUGCUCCGUAAAGACCGACGUGCCUCAUUUGAUAAACCGGCUGUUCAUCGAGAGUAUCCCGAUGAAUCAGAAAAUGGACGCUUAUCGGCGCUUGCACAAGACCCUGGCGAAGGAUCUGCAAAAGUCGAACUUGAAAGAGAGCGGCGCCGUGGUACUGGCGAUACAACACAUCUGCAGCGUUCUGAGCUCUAUGCAGGUCAAGCAGUUCCUGGCCUCGCUCGUCCACAUGCCGCAGUACUCGUGCACGUUGAUGCGCGUGAUACUACUACCGCUGAAGAGACCGUCUACGUCGAAGCAUGUGGUCGAAUUGGCCCGCAACAUGUGCAUGAAUCUGAUUUCGCUGAUAGGCGACGUGAAGGCGCCGGUCCUGUCGAUCCUGCGGGACUUCGCCAACGUGCAGUCUACAAAGAUGCCGCAACGUGCAGAACUGUCCAUGCUGAUGCAGAACCGCGGCGAAGGUCCCGGUACGAUACUGGAGAACACCGACCCAGUGAAUCUCGAGAGUGUCGGCCGUAAAUUGCUGGAUUUGUGUCUGAAACAACAGAAGAACGACGUCCUGGUGGAAGCCAUGGCGAAAUUACUGGUCAGCGAUAAUAAUGAAGUGACGUUGAAGCCUCGCACGGGUCUGUUGAUCGAUUGGUUGGCCUCCGUGGAACCCGAGUUAAUCGGUACUUGUCCUAGUCUCCAAAUGAAGCUUCUGUUUGGAAAAAGGAAAGUGCAUAUUAAAAUCGAUAACGACGUCGUGAGCUCCUACUCCUGCAGACCUUAUCUGUUAACGUUGUUGACGCACAGAGCAAGCUGGGCCACUUUGUACAAGUGUGUGGGAAUCUUGUUGGAUAAAUAUGACGAUGGAUACGAUCCAACCGCGGUUCUGGACUUUUUGUGGGCGCUGACGUGCAACCCCAAGCUGUGGCAAGGUCGGGACAAAUUUACGCCGAAGCAUUACGUUCCUGAGAAUAUUCUGUUAUUGGAGAAAUGGCAGCUGCUUAAUCUUGUGGCGUAUCUAGUGUCCGAAGCUGUUAUCAUCUGCAGCACGCAGAACAGAAACGCCGCCCUCGCGAGGAUGGACAUUAGACUCGAUCUACUUUUACAUUGUAUAUCCACUGAAGACGACUUGAUCUCCAGCGUGGUUCAUUACUUAGCGGAACGUAUGAUGGACAAUACGGACUUAAAUUCGGCAGAUAUGGCGCAUCAGUUUCUGCUACACAUGUACAUGAAAAUUCCGAAGGUCAUUUGCUACCUUGACACUUUCCAAGCGAACAAAUUCGUCAAAGGGGCAAUGAUAACCGAUUGGACGGGCUCUGUACUUGAUUGCAUGAGCCACUGUUUAUUGACUGCGCUGGCGGCAACCCCGAGACAAAAAUCCUGGAACGCCAAGUCCCAGGAAUUUGAACUCUGCGCGAGAAAAAUGGCCGCGGUACAUCCUGUACUAGUACUACGACAGUUGCCAAUGUUGGCGUCUUCCCUGAUGGGAAGAUGUUACCUUGACUUCAGUCAAUUUAGAUCUGGCCAUCAUCUGAAUCUCUUUACUCAAGUUAUGGGACUGUUGGAACUCUUGCAGCCGCAUUUAUUUAACGAGCAGCAUGAAAUUCCAUUGGAGAACACAUUGGGGAAUUACUUCCAAUGCUUUCAGAAUUACGGUCAUGUGAAAGAUCUUAGCUCCUUGUUGAACAGAUUCGUAUCAUUAUUACAGUCGUAUAUCUCACAUGAUCCAAAGCGAGCACUGAAAUAUCUACACAAGCAUGCACUAGUUCUACAUGAAUUGCAGAUAAAUUAUCCUAAUUUAGAGGCUUUGAGAAUACUUGUAUCGGGAAUACCGAUGCCAAGGGAAGGAGAAGAUGCGGAUGACAUUUUAAUCACCAUAGCUCCCGCGCCACAUCGUUCGGAACCUGUUAUUCCGGAACACUGGCAAUCGCUACUGGGUACACUCAGUAAAUUGUAUGGUGAAGAUGUGUUCAACGCACUUCAAGAGGUCGAGCAUGUUUCGUCGCGAAAACCUUCGGUUUUGGAACCGAUAACAGAUAAUAUAACGGAACUGCUCGUAUCACCUCAGAGCAAUAUCAGAACGCUCGCUCAUACUUUACUCGCCAGAGCAUUAAAGCAUCGUCCUACACCGAAUACGACUAUAUUAUCCGCGUUUCAAAGAUGCUUGGACAGCGAUAGAGCGGACGUUCUUAUGUCAGCUUUGGAAAAAUUACCAGAUAUUGUAUUAUGCAUGCAAGAGCACGCGUUACCAUUGAUGCAGAGGGUAUUUGAAUUGGGAGUAAAUUCCAAUGUCAACACGAUGCCUUACAUCACUAAAACUAUUGCUCUGUUAAAUAUGCAGCAAGGUUGUUAAUAUCAAAGAAUUAGUCUAUUAGAUUUGUGUAAAUAAUUAAGUAUAAAACCUUUUUUACAAUUGAAA